AAUCAUAUUUCCUCACACAGUUCUGAACUUGCGCAUUGCACUCCUCCCUAAUUUUGUCGUCUGACUAUCCUAUUGAUUUACUUCCAUUCUAUUUCUCAACAGCAGCAACACAUUUAAUCUCUCUCUCUUUCUCUCCCUCUCUCUCUUUCCCUCUCUCUCUCUCUCUCACACACACACACAAAUCACAAGUAGAUGGUAAAGAUUCUCUCUGUGCAUGCCCAUACCCACACUCAGACAGACAACACACAUAUACACAGACGUGUGCAGACCCAGACACACACCUGAAUGUCAGUAACGGAAAUAGGAUUAUGAAGAUAGAUGAUUGAUGGCAGUAAUGCAGUGAAAGCCCUGCGUGUCUGUGUCCUCUGCCUGACACCUUUCAAAACUCUGCUAAUCCUUGCGGUUAAUACCUGAACAUGCUGCUGCAGCACACAUUCGUUUAGUGGGGUAAAUUAGUGGUGGGGUUCAGUUUUGACAGAGAUCUCAAAUUGUUGUAAAAAUGUAACACAAAGUAAACAUGACACUUUUAAGAUUCCCUUAACAUUUAUAUCAACAAUAUAACACAUUUAUAGGCCUAUGUGAUAAGCUACAUAUAGCUAUGGUUGUGGUUAGUUUUUUUUUGGCAGAUGCUUUUGUCCAAAGCGAAUUACAAAACAGUAGAAAAACAUUACAAACAACAAAGCUAUCAAAUAAUAACAAUAUUUCCAGAUAUAUAAAAAAGAAUUACAUUUAUAAAGUGUGCUUCAAACACAAGAACCAAUUAGACAGAUGCUGUUUAAAAAGGUGAGUUUUUUAAGGCUUUUCAAAUAUACCAAGGCUGUCACUGAAACGGACAUAGAUGGUUAUUUAAUGUGAUCAAAUGGACUUUUAUUAUCACAAUAUCACAAUUUGUUAUAGUAACAAUGUUGGGCGUACAAUAAUGCAAUUAGAGGAAUUAUGAUAGCAGUAACACAGUAUGAUGAACUUGAGAGGUAAAUAGUUAACAAUAUCCCUAUCAGCAGUAAACGCCCUUUUCAUUUCAACUUAAAAAAGCAACAAUCAGAUUGGAUCACACCGGCUUCCGUAGUUUAACUAAUCCAGUCUUUACAACAGUUUUUAAAGUCAUUUUGGUGUGAAAUUUGUUUCCUUUUAGUAAAGAUAUUUUCAGCGUGAGUUACACAUAAGUACAUCCGGAAGAAAGGGAAGAAGAGCGAUUUUAUGUCAUCUGUUGCGCGUCACUUCGAUUAUUUUAUUGGCUCAUAGCUAGGGAGUUUUAAUUAAGUGUCUGUCAUGGCUGGUAGUUAGCGAGCUAGCUGGCAAACCACCUAGCUAGCUAGCCUGGAAAAAUAGUCCGGUUUAUGUCAUUUUUCUUACGUUCGCUUCGCGCAGCUGAUAUAACAGUGCAGCCAGGAGAUGUAUCUCAAGGUAUGUGCGUGCGGGCAAAAAAGCUUAUAAAGAGCCAGAUACCUUGCUAGCUGUCGCCACUACUUUUGAAGAACACUAGCUAACGUUAUACCUAACGUUACAGGUCACUGCAACUGAGUUGUUACAAUUGUAUCAGUAUCCAGUUGCAGAUUGUUAGCAGCAAGCUAGCUUGCUUGCGACAGUUUGUGUCGAAGUAGAAAAUACGGAAAUGGCAUCCACGUAUGGCCGACACCAAUUCAUUGACUGGAGUUAACAGAAACGAAAUUCAAGUUUCAGGCGGCAAUGGUUGUUCGAUAAACAUAAUUUUAUAUCGACUAUAUAGACAUUAGAAGAGAACAUUACAGAUAACUUCGCUGAUAUUUUAUGUGGGCCGUGUAACCCCUGAAAACAACAGGACGAGCUUAUGAAGAUUAGUCAAAACAGCAGGAUGUCAAAGGGAUUUGCGGUGGUCAUACGUGAAAAACAAAACAAUGACUACUAUCAAUACGAGACAGUUCGCGGUGUUUUCCUGCACUUUAUGCAAAAAAACGAGUGAUCUAUAGUGUGCAUUUCUACUGUUUACGCGGUAUAGUUUAGAUGAUAAUUUGUACACCGGAAGGAGAAAUCUAGUCAGCUUGCAGUUCGUUUUUUAAAUAUAAGUUACUUUACAUUUCAUAAGCACUAUGUCUGGAGACACUAGUAGUAGUAGUGGCUGCAGCAGCAGUAGUGGCGAGGACUCUGAUAAAGAGACCCGGAAGAAAGUCUGUACUGUCAAACAUGAAAUCACUAAUGCAAACCUUACAGGGUACACUGAGAAAGUGGGUGUGGAGAACUUCGAACUUCUGAAAGUGCUGGGCACUGGAGCAUACGGAAAAGUGUUCCUCGUGAGGAAGACGAGUGGUCACGAUGAAGGGAAGCUCUAUGCUAUGAAGGUGCUGAAGAAGGCAGCCAUUGUACAAAAGGCAAAAACAGCCGAACACACCCGAACUGAGAGACAAGUUUUGGAGCACAUUCGGCAGUCUCCCUUCUUAGUCACACUGCACUAUGCCUUCCAAACUCAGACGAAACUGCACCUCAUACUUGACUAUGUUAGUGGUGGGGAGAUGUUUACCCAUCUUUACCAGCGAGACCACUUCUCUGAGGAGGAAGUUCGGAUAUACAUUGGAGAGAUCAUUCUUGCCUUGGAGCAUCUGCAUAAGCUUGGCAUUGUGUACCGGGACAUCAAACUGGAAAACAUCCUAUUGGACAACGAGGGCCACGUGGUGCUGACAGACUUUGGGUUGAGCAAGGAGUUCCUGGAUGAAGAGAAAGAGAGGACCUAUUCGUUCUGUGGCACCAUUGAGUACAUGGCACCAGAGAUCAUCCGAGGGAAGUUAGGCCAUGGCAAGUCGGUGGACUGGUGGAGUCUGGGCAUCCUCAUGUUUGAGCUGCUGACUGGAGCCUCUCCGUUCACCCUGGAGGGCGAGAGGAAUACGCAGAGUGAGGUUUCCAAGCGGAUCCUGCGCUGCGACCCCCCGUUCCCGUCUAUGAUUGCCCCCCUGGCGCAGGACCUCCUGAGGAAGCUGCUGGUCAAAGACCCCCACAAACGCCUCGGCUCGGGCCCCAAGGGGGCGGACGACAUCAAGACUCAUCCAUUCUUUAAGGGGCUCAGCUGGUCAGAUCUGGCUGCAAAAAAGGUGGUCAGCCCCUUCCGUCCUGAGCUGCGGAAUGAGCUGGAUGUGGGAAAUUUUGCCGAGGAAUUCACUGGGAUGGAUCCUGUCUACUCUCCAGCCACCACCCCUCCCAGUACUGAUCGCCUUUUCCAGGGUUACUCUUUCAUCGCGCCGUCCAUUCUGUUCAACAAAAACGUCGUCAUGGGGGACUUCCUGGAGAACCAGGUGAACGUGGACCGGCCCGGCUCAGCCACAGUGAAGCGCAGCGCCAUGCUGAAGGACUCUCAGUUCUUCCAGCAGUACGAGCUGUGCCUGCAGGGCCCUCCUCUGGGAGAAGGCAGCUUCUCUGUGUGCAGGAAGUGCCGACACAAGCAGAGCGGACAGGAGUACGCCGUCAAAAUCACCAGCCGCAGAAUGGAGGCGAUGAUCCAGAAGGAGAUCGCAGCUCUGAGGCAGUGUGAGUCUCAUCCCAAUAUCGUCAAACUCCAUGAAGUCUACACCGACCAGCACCACAUGUAUCUGGUGAUGGAGCUGCUGCGUGGCGGCGAGCUGCUGGAGCGCAUCAAGCGGAAGAAGCUGUUCGCCGAGUGGGAGGCCAGCAAGCUCAUGAGCAGCCUGGUGUCGGCCGUCAGCUUCAUGCACGAGGCCGGCGUGGUGCACAGGGACCUCAAGCCAGAGAACGUUCUGUUCGCCGGCGAGGGUGAGGACGCGGUGCUGAAGGUGAUCGACUUUGGCUUCGCCCGCUUGUUCCCGGCGGGCAGCGCCCCGCUGCAGACGCCCUGCUUCACCCUGCAGUACGCCGCCCCCGAGCUCUUCCACUCCACCGGCUACGACAAGGGCUGCGACCUCUGGAGCCUGGGGGUCAUCCUGUACACCAUGCUGUCGGGACAGGUUCCCUUCCAGAGUGAAAAAAAGGGCAUGACCUCAUCAUACGCGGCUGACAUCAUGCAGAAGAUCAAAGAGGGAGACUUCUCAUUGGAAGGAGAGGCGUGGAGGGGCGUGUCAGAAGAGGCCAAAGAGCUUGUGAGAGGUCUGUUGACGGUGGACCCCGAGUGCCGUCUGAAGCUGAGCCACCUGAAGGAGAACGGCUGGCUCCAGGGCGGGGCCCACGUCUCCUCCGCCCCGCUGUGCACCCCCGACGUGCUGGAGUCCAGCGGCCCCACCGUGCGCACUUACGUCAACGCCACUUACAAGGCGUUCAACAGGGGGAAGAGAGAGGGCUUCUUCCUGAAGAGCGUGGACAACGCCCCUCUGGCCAAGCGCCGCAAGCUGAAGAUGACCAGCACCGGGGUGGAGACCCGACGCAGCUCCUCCUCGUCCUCCUCCUCGUCCUCCUCCUCCUCCGCGGUGGUGGUGGCGGCGUCCACGCAGCCCCAGGCGCAGCUGCGGCCGACCGUGGCCCCAGACCCCGACCCCUGAGCCGGCCUGCGGGAGGAGGCCUCGGAGGGCCCCCCCCACCCCCACCCCCACCCCCACCCCAACCGUCCACCACCCAAACUGAAGACGCCUACAGGGUCCCAGUGUGACUGAAUGAAUCACUGAAGAAGGCAAAACUCUUUAAAUCACACCCACAUCCAAAAAGCCAGAUCUUCUAAUCGUGGCACAACAUGCUGUAUGGGACCGUACGUGGUCUGACGGCAAAGGGCUUAUGCACUCCUUUCCAAUGGAUAUGUCAAGUCGGUUUUUUUGGGCCAUCCAUGGUUUAGCAAGAGAGUGGGGGACAACUGUUGUAUAUUUCAAGCAAAAAAAAACGUAAUCGUUCAAAAUUGGUGUCAAAUCGUUUCGCUAUUUCGCUGUCGCUUCUUUAAACCCGCUGGUCGUAAGAUGUUCCCCGCCGAUUGUUACGUUUGCAUGUUUACCAGUGUUGAACUGCCAGACACCUUUUAGUCUUGUGUAAUUUUUUUUUUAUUGUUCGCUCGUAUGAUUGAAUGUACCUUUUAAUGAGUGGGAUUUGUUUUUAUGGCUUUUAAGACGCGUUGUAAAAGAUGCUGAAGGCAGAGCCGUUUUUAAAAAGGGACACUUUCAAGAUAGGUGGGAUAACAAGCCAUUUGAGAGUCAAAGCCAUAGGUACUGAGAAAAGGGGACGUUUGUGUGGCCCCCUGGCCAUAGACAGUGUGACCAGGGACUGGAGAGGAGGAGUAGCUGUUAUACAUAUAACACUUUAUAUCAAAGGUGGCUUUCGGACAGUUUAAUGGGCUUGAUGGUUGAUUUUAGUUUUUUUUUUUUUUUAUCCACAACAGCAAAUAAGGACUAGGCCUGAUUGUGAGGGUCAGGCGUGAAUCUUUGUCUGCGUGUCGUUGUUGGGUUUACUUCGUGCAUGCCUCUCAGUAUACGUGGUGAAGCCUCUGAACGGCAGUCUUCAAUGUACAGUGUUUUUAAUGACUGAACCCUUCACUAACGCUUCCCUGCUGUGCUUUCAUGGUGCGGACCGGAUCAGUCUGUGAUACCACGAGCUUGACUCUGUGGCCCCCGGAGUCCUUGGAGGUGUGUGUGUGUGUGUGUGUGUGUGUGUGUGUGUGUGUGAGAGAGAGAGAGAGAGAGAGAGAGAG